UCCAGAAAGUGACAGAAUAACGGAUCACGAUUGGUCGACGAGUAGUUUUCGUCCAAUAGUCUUAUGGAAAGCGAUUCUAAUAGCAACCUCGCGAAGAAGGACCUGUUGCUAAUCCUUUGGUAGCCAUGCUGUUAUCACAAGUGCAAAGUAAUUGUUAAAUUGUACAUCUUAAAACGUUAUCACCGACUAUAUUCGCUCAAACAAGAUUUUCGGCACAUCCACAGAUUCUUUUUGAACAGUAAAAUAAAAUGGAAAUAUCGCCCAGGAAGCCGUCAAAACGUGCUCAAGAACCCGUCGAUGAAUGGCUGCAAAGUGAAGGGUAUUUUAGGAAACAUGCACCCAGAGAUCCUACUUGUUUGUUCAGAGCAGUCAGUGAACAAGUUUAUAUGACACAGCACUAUCAUAUUAGAGUCAGGGAAGAAUGCGUGGAAUUUAUGAAAAAAAUGAAACAUUUAUUCACUGAGAAUAUAACUAUUCCAUUUGAUGAUUAUUUGGAGCAAAUGGCAUGUUAUACUGAAUGGGGUGGUAUAAAUGAAAUUCAAGCCAUGUCAUUGUUAUACAAAAGGGAAUUUGUUAUAUUUUAUGGUCAGAAACAAAUUAGUCGUACUAUUACCAACAAUGGUUUCAAAGAUGUAAUUUACUUGUGUCAUACCCCACAAAAACAGUACGAAAGCAUUUACACACCAGAUUUUGUUGCAUCGGCUGCUUAUUGUCAAUCUAUUGUUUAUCAAGUGCUUUAUAAAGAUGUUUUUCACAUGGCUAAUAUAGAAAAUACUGUUCAUAAAAUGUUACAUGACCGAACUGCUACUUUCAGACAUGAUAAGUUUUUCCUUAAAGGCAACAUAGAGAUACGAGAUCAGUUGGCUGCAGAAAUCUAUACCAGAGUGGAAAGUGGAAAUGAUGAGGUUGACGAUGCUCCAGCUAUAGUAAGAAACAUACCACCUUUUCCUUAUAGAGUAGCAAAAGCUCUUGAUCCCAACAUUUAUCGUAACACUGAUUUUGAUAUAUGGCAGGAAAUCAGGAGAGAGGUGAAAAAUGCUGGGUGGAAUAGGCACAAUAGUCAUGAAUUACAAGUCGGUGGUAAAUGUUUAGUUCAGAUGGAUUUUAAUGAGGAAGAAUUUGACAGAGCUAACAAUAACAAUGUUUAUGUGCCUUCUCUUGAAAAAGAUGCUAAUUGUAACGACACAAAAGUAUUACAGAAAAAAGGGAAACAGGACUCUAUGUUCUUUUAUGGCUACAUUCAAGAAAUGGGUAAAAAUCAGGGUCCUGUAUUAGUAUUCAUUGAAGAAUUGGGUGAAAAAAAAGUUGUACCAUAUUCUGCUCUUAAACCUUUGCCUUUAAGAAAAAGUAAACAGAAUAACUGGUUACCAGUGUGCAAAAGGAAUGUACUUUUAGACACAAAUCAGAAAUGGAAAAAAACGUAUGGCACAGUUUCACGCAAGAUUAAACAGACAGUUAGCAAUGUGAACAUUUUAUCGGGAAGUAUCGAUAAAAAUGGAAACAAUGAUAAUUACACUAAUGAUGUCAAUAAAAAUAAUAUUCAGUGGAAAGACGAAACUUUAACAAUUGAUUCUCAACAGACAUAUGAAAAUUAUGCAUUAGACAAGUGUGCUAAUUAUUCAAAUUCUACUGAAAUGUUUCCUACACGAACGAAUGUUGAUAAUACCCAGUCUACAGCAGUGGAUAUUAUCAGGCAGGAAAAUGGUAAAGGACAUAAAGAAAAAAAUUCAUUUGGAAAUAAGAACUCUGAAAAUCAUUCAGUAAAAAUUUCGAAAUCUGACACUGCGAUGAACUCUGAGAACAAUACUGGGUUUAACUCAUAUUCAAAACAAAGAACGCAAAAUGAAAAUUAUUAUUCACCGUAUUCUGGGGAACCCGUUUCUGUAACUCAAAUGGAUAAUAUCCUGCGUUCUAUUAAUUGUUCGGUGCAGAAAAGCAUUGAUGUAAACGGUAGUGAUUUGCCACUAUCAGAUCCAUUUACUUUGAGAUUUUUUUAUAACCUAGGAUUAGAAUAUUUUCGCGGGAACAAUAAUUGGAAUUAUUUGACAAACGCAGAAUCUCCCGGUCUUGGACAAUGGUACCAAGGUAUGCCGCAAGGUGAGGAUGAAGUUAUAAACAUUUCAAACGGUGUAAUGCAAAAUUGCACAUUGACGCAACCUAAACGAGAAUAUAACAAUGACCGUAAAGAAAAUAACAGUCAGCUAGUGUGCCAAGAAAAUGAGGACAAAUACGUAAACGGCACGAAUGACAUACAGUUACAAAGAACAGAAGUUCCAAGAGGAGAGGAUGCAAAAAAUUCAUUACAUCCGCCACGCGAGAAAGGAAGCGAACAAGAGCUUGUUAACAGAGACUCUUCUCGUAUAAGUAGGAAUGGCUUGGGUCCGCGAUUUAAGAAAAAUUCUGACAAUCGACAUCGUACUGCCCAACAAUUUACGCAAUCAGGCAAUCAGUACCCACACCCUGGAACAAAUUCAAAAUCUUCAAGACCACAAGAGAUGGUGGGUGACAGUACAAGUUUGCAGCUUUCAAGAACAGUACCUCAACAGGUACAUGGUUCCGCAUCUGCUCCGGUGAACUCGUAUCAAACGUCUUACAUGCAACAUAGCAUGUAUUCUGGACUAUCCUAUUACGGGAAUGAAGCAGAACCAUUCACUAAUCCUUAUUAUCCUCCGAGUCCUGGAUUCUUUCAAAUGCCUUGUCUACCACAUUCGGAUAUACCCGACAAUAGCAACAUGCAACCAUUUUCACCCCAUUUGUGUCCUGGAAUCGAUUAUGCGCAACCUUAUUCUGGCAUCUGCCCUCCGUACGUGUGUCCUCAACCAGCCCCAUAUAGUAUACCGCCUCAAAACUUAGACCACUGGUAUGCAGUUGCUGGACAACCGCAUUAUAUGCAGUAUACACCAGUAUUGCCCAUUGCUGCAGAUGCAACUUGUAACGGAUUAGCGCAAAAUAUCAAUCAGAAUACUUCAGCUCAAAAUGUAUAAAUGUACGACGACACAUACGUUCCUAUCUCUGAAUAUAUCUUACGUAAGAUAUAUUACCGCUAUUAUAGAAAGAUAUUUUCAUGUUUUUGUGCAUAAUCUACGUUUAAUUAGAUAAUUUUGCGUUAACAUACAUCAGUAUACAACGAUAACUUAAGUUAUCACAAGACUGAAGUCAUUACUAACAGUAUUGUCUAAACAACUGACACCAUUAGUACUUAAAAAUGUAAAUGUCUAUGACGCAUAAAGUUCCUUCGCAAAGUAGUUUGGAUACAUGAUGUUAAUUAAAAUAUUAUUGUUUUUAAAAUGAUAAUAUUGUAAGUCGAAAGUUUGCCAUUUAGUAUUUAGAGAAGCGUUUUGUAAGAAUUUAAGCGACAGUAGUAUAAACCAACCUACUUAAGUAGCUCAAAUCCUGUAUAACAUAUUCAGUAGAUUGUUCAUACAGUAUAGCUUUGUCACCGUACAUACGUUCAAAACGAAAAUAAGUCUUUCUGAAAUUUUAUACAGGUGACUCCUUAUUUCAUUAAUAUAUUUAGUUGUUAGAAUUUUCAUAUGUUUCUAAGACAUCCCUUUGCAAAU